AUGAGUUGUAGCCAUCAGAUGGUGGUAUCAAACGAUAUAACAGAUAACUCAGUGAAAGAGUUGAGCCAACGAUGUAUUCAUUUGGUGCCAAACAAUGACAACUGUUUCAUCAAUUUUCUUCAUUUAGAUCAACAUAUCAUUGAAUUUUCACUUAAAUGUAAGGAUAUUGAAGAUCACAUGAAAUUAGUUAAAGCAAUUGAUUGGAUUUAUAGCUCUAAUGAUAGUAUUUGUGGCAAAAUUGGUGCCAAAUUGAAACUUAAAGAGAUUGAGAUUUACGGAAGUGAUUCUUCAGCAGUCAAUCAAUGGCUUAAAACGUUUAACAAAUCCAUUGAAAGCUUAACAAUCAUUGAAACAUUUGGGACACAAAUUGACGAUAAUUUUUUAACAAAAUUUCAAUCAAAACCAAAGUUAUUUCAUUUGAUUUCUUUGGAUUUAAGUCAUAAUAAGUUGGAAUCAAUUGAUUUGAAUGGUAUGACAUCAUUGAGAUCCUUAUAUUUAGAGAACAAUUACUUGAAAACAAUCAAAGAGUUUGAUAACAAAAUCACAACCAUAUCAUUGACCAGAAAUGAAUGGAUUUGUGAUAAAAACUUGAUUUGGCUCUUGAAAUACACUAAAGAUAGGUCUCAUAAAGUCAUUAACAGAGAGAACAUUCUUUGUAAAUCUCCAGAAGUGGCUAAAGACAUGAAGUUUUCUCAACGUAUGACUGUAUUGGAGACACCGAUUUGUGGACAAUGCGAGUGCUCUGUUGUCAGAAAUAAAGAUGUUAUGUCUGUUAACUGUUCCAACAAUCAGUUAGAAUCACUGCCAACAAGUCUGCCAUCCAUAACAAAGAUAGUAAAACUUGACAACAAUAAUAUUAAACACAUAUCACUGAAUGCAUUGGCACUGAAUAACUGGAGGAAUGUUUCAUAUCUACACCUAAAUAAUAACACAAUUGAAUCGUUGGCUGGCUUUGAGAGAACUAAUUUGUUGAAGAAUUUGGUUGCAUUACACUUAAAUAAUAAUCGUCUUAAAGAAAUACCAGUUUAUAUAUUGGAUCAAUUGUCACACUUGGAUGAACUCUAUCUGUCCAAUAAUCCGUGGCUUUGCAACUGUAAAACAGUUGUUUUCCAAACAUGGCUUCAGAAUCAUUUCAAAAACGUUAAAGACGUUUAUAACAUCCGAUGUGCCGCAGCUCUCGAUCCAGACAUUGAAACAAAGCCUAAAAAUGGUUUGUAUACCGAAAAUGCAGACCAAAAGUUUGCCACUCGAGUCCUCUUAAGGAUUCCUAAAUCAGAAUUAUGUCCACAAUCUCGGGAACCAAUAGAAGUGUUUGAAAUAAUCAAUUGGUUGGUCUCAACACUUAUUAUACUAAUAAUUAUAAAAUUGAUUUACGACUACUUUUGGCAAAAAAGAACCGGAAAAUUGCCAGAGUUUUUCAAAUUGAAUAUCAAUUGAU